AUGACGUCCUUGGUGAACAAGAGACGCAAGCGCGGCGUUGCCGGCUCUGCAAUGAACAUUCCCGCUGUCCUCGGCGUAGGCUAUGCCGCACACUCCGACACUUUCGACUUCGAUUAUUUCCACUCCCCGGGGUACAUCAACAUCAGCGAGCAAGAUAUUCACAUCCUGUUCGCGGAAGCAAUCCUCUCCGGGCGCCCGGGCUCAAACAACGUCGAGCCCCAAGUUGUCAUGGGCAUCAACUACAUCGCGCCAGAUCUCUAUGUCAAGGAAUCCCACCACCGCGAUGUAAAAUUCAGUCAUUUCAUUGCCCGCGAGGAGGCAAAGUCAGAGGUGCAGGCUGCCGAAACGAGCGUCCGGGUCCGUGUCCAGCUCCAAACAGCCCCGAACCCCGAGGCAGCGUACGCUAUCAUCCGUGACGCCUUCAUGGCACAUCUCAAGCGCAUGCUUCGCAUGACGGAAGAUCAGACAAUCGACGAGUCAGUCGCACUUGUCGAGCAGGGCGUUGACUCUCUCGUCGCAGUCGAUAUUCGAGCCUGGUUCCUGAGGGAGUUGCAAGCUGAUGUUUCCACGCUUAAGGCUAUGGGCGGUGGAUCCGUUUCUGUCUUGGUUAAGACGGCUCUUGCGGAGAUUUCUGCUCAACAGGAUGUCGGUGCGACUGAAGUGAUUGCGCCGGCUAAGGCUGGGCCUCGGCGCUCUUCGAUCAAGUCUGAUACGGUCGUGUCUAGACCUGCUCCUGAUCAGACGACCGUUACUUCUGCUACGGUGUCGACUGGGAGUCCGGUGUUUUCUCCGGCUCAAACUACUACUCCUUCACUGUCGGAUGGUGAGUCACGCCGUACGCCGUCUCCUUCGAGGGACGACCUUGGCAAGGCUGAUGUUGAUGUUGUUGUUGGAGAGUUGGAUAUCGCCUUGGAAGAAGGGGAGGAGGUAUUUGUUGCCAUUUAG